UGUUUUGGUUGGCGAUAAAAAAAAAUCGAAGAAGCAACAAAAUGGAUGAAGAAAAAGAACCGAAAAACGGUCAGUCUACCAAGAAUCUUCGAGACGCAACUCACAUACUACAAGCUGAAGCUCUGAGACAAUAUCGUCUCGCACAUUCAGGUGAAGGUCAGGAAGAAGAACUUCCUGCAGCUGAUACAAAUCCAGAGGAAGUAACAUCAGAGCAGCCUGCUGAUGGCAGUGCUGAUGUCGUCAAACCCGAUUCCCUCUCUGGUGAAAGAACAGCCUCUCCUCAAGAAAACAAAACUUCUGAGGAAGAACAAAAAGAUGACACAAUUGAGCCUCCUCAAAUUGAGGUAAAUAUGGAUGAAAAUACACCUGAUGCCACACCCACCAAGACAAAAGAAGAUGCCACACCCGCCGACACAAAAGAAGAUGCCACACCGGAAGAGGUAAAAGAAGAUGCCACACCCGUUGAGGCAAAAGAAAAUGGCACACCCGCCGAGGCAAAAGAAGAUGCCACACUGACCGAGGUUAAAGAAGAUGGCACACCCGUUGAGGCAAAAGAAGAUGCCACACCUGUCGUGGCAAAAGAGAAUACUACAUCCGCAGAGGCAAAAGACGAUGCCACACCCGCUGAGGUAAAAGAAGAUGCCACACCCGCUGAGGCAAAAGAAGAUGCUACACCCACAGAGACAAAAGAAGAUGCCUCACCUGCAGAGGCAAAAGAAGGUGCCACACCCGCUGAGGCAAAAGAGGAUGCAACACCAGUUGAGGCGAAAGAAGAUGGCACACACACUGAGGCAAAAGAAGAUUCCACACCCACUGAGGCAAAAGAAGAUGCCACACCCGCUGAGGAAAAAGAAGAUGCCACACCUACUGAGGCAAAAGAAGAUGCCACAUCCGCUGAGGCAAAAGAAGAUGCCACACCCGCUGAGGCAAAAGAAGAUGCCACACCUGUUGACGUGAAAGGAGACACCACCCCUGGUGAUGUGAAAGAAGAUGGUGAAUCUACGAAGCAAGAAGUACUGCCCGGCGAUAGCAGUCAACCAGUGGCUGCGUCCGGGGAUACAAACCAGAACAUGAAUGCGAACCCGAGCUCCGAGGAAGGUCAGGGAGGAACAGAAGGAGGGGAGGAGGCUGAGAGUGGUGUGCCUGUUAACCAAGACGGUGAAAAUCCAGAGUCCACUGAAACGGCGCCAGAGCAAGUUGCUGCCCAACAAGAAUCUCCAUCCAUUGAGGAUGGGUCAAAGGUCACUGAGGAUGAGUCAAAGGUGGGCGAUGACGCUGCAAAGGUCAUCGAAGAGGGUGAAACCAAAGAAGGAUCAGUGACCGAAGCAUUCCUGGAGAUGACGGACGAGGAGAAUAAGAUGCCAGUAGACUUCUACUAUGAUUACGAGGAGCAUGUAUCCAAGGCCAAGACAGCCGAGGACUCGGACCUCCCUGCUGAUAUGCUGACUCUCUACCACUCUUUCGGUUACGAUUGCAAGAGACUGUCCAACCUCUACAUGCUGGACGCUAACACGCUGAUCUUUGCAGCUGGUAACGUUGUGGAGCUACUGGAUAUACAGACAAAGGAACAGAGAUACAUACGUAGUACCAGUGGAGGGGGCAUCGGAGCUCUUGCUGUGCAUCCAAGCAGCAAGUACUUUGCCGUCUGUGAGAAAGGCGAGAUGCCAAACAUUAACAUCUUUGAGUACCCGUCUCUGAAGCUAUACCGUAUCCUCCGCGGUGGAACUGAGAAAUCCUACGCCUUUGCCGACUUCAACCCAGGCGGGAUGCUCCUAGCGUCGGUAGGAGGUGCCCCGGACUACAUGCUGACUGUCUGGGAUUGGAUGAACGAGACUACUGUCUUAAGAUCCAAGGCUUUCUCUCAAGACGUCUUCAGGGUGACGUUUUCUCCGGACAACGAAGGGCUGUUAACGUCGAGUGGAACUGGCCACAUCAGGUUCUGGAAGAUGGCGCUGACCUUCACUGGUCUCAAGCUUCAAGGUCAGCUGGGAAAGUUUGGCCGGACUGAGAUUUCGGACAUCCAUGGCUAUGUGGAACUGCCUGACGGCAAAGUGUUGUCUGGUGCAGAGUGGGGUAACAUGCUGCUAUGGGAAGGAGGUUUAAUCAAAGUACAGAUCAGCAGAAAGAACAAGAAGUCUUGUCACAACGGAAACAUCGAGCAGUUUGUGAUGGAUGAGGGAGAGUUGAUUAGCAUUGGAGCCGAUGGGUGUGUCAGGGUAUGGGAUUUCGAGACCAUUGAUACGGCUGACGCGGCCAACGAGUCUGGUAUAUUUGAAAUGGACUGCAUGAAUGAAUUGAAAGUGGGUAAUGACGUCCACCUGGUAUCCAUGGUCAAGUCACAAGACCCUGAGGUCCAGAGCAUCUGGUAUGCACAGGAUGCGAACGGCUCAAUCUGGAAGCUGGAUCUCUCCUUCUCACAUACCACUAGGGAUCCUGAGAGGCUCUUCUCAUUCCAUGCCGGGGAAAUCACCGCUAUCGAUACCUCUCCGGUCUCUCAACUUCUGGCCUCAUCCGCGCUUGAUCACACCGUCCGUGUUUUCGACUACGCCUCCAAAUCCCCUGUUUGCUCCACAAAGUUUAAUUCAGGUUCCACGGCCAUGCUCUGGGUACCCCAAAUCGUGGAUCCCAAAGGUAGCACGCUCUUGGCAGGUUUUGCCGACGGUGUCGUCCGUGUCUUGACUAUCAAGCGCAGAGACACUCAGGAUGUGAAGAGAGCUGCUCAUCAACAACCAGCCUCGCUGACCCUCAAGCAAGCCUUCAAACCCCACACUAAGACAGUCACCGCUAUGGCAAUCGACUCCAAAGGGGAGAUCCUCACGACAGCGGGUAGCGAUAAUACGCUGUUCUUCAUGAAUGUUGGAGAUACCUUCACUCCGAUCGGCUUCAUAGAUACUCCUGGACCCGUCACACACAUCACCUGGUCACCAAGCUUCUUUGACAAGAACUGCGUGUUGGUGUUUUGCGGUAACGGUGAAGUGAUGGAAGUAGAAGCCCCUGAACCAGGGACCUACGAUACUUCAACGACCUUCAAAAUCACUGGACUCAAGACGAGACAGAUGACGUUCAAGAGUAUCAAGUCCAGACUACGGCGAGAGGAGGAAGAGGAGCGAAAGCGAAAGGAAGAAGAAGCUCGACAGAAAGAACUGGAGAGGAAACGACGAAUCAGACGAGAGAGAGGACUAGACGAUGAAGAAGAAGAAGAAAAGAAGGAUGAGGAUGAGGAAGAACCGCCUCCAUUAUUCAUCCCUGAGGAGCCGAGCCCCAUCUUGUAUGGUGUCUACUCUCCAGAUGAUCCCGAUACAUUCUGGGUCUCUAUGGGAGCUUUUGAUGCUGGGUACCUGUAUGAAUGCAAGUUCCGUGACGACAAGGAGAAAGCUCUGAUGAUCAAACAAGGCAAAGAGGAGCAGAUCCCUGAAGCAAUCCGUACCAUACCAGUCGUAGAUGCUGAUGACGUACCCAUCCGUACUAUGCAAUUUUCUGCAAACGGCAAACAAGCCUUGCUGGGUAUGGAGAACGGAGCCAUACGCAUUCACUCACUGGACACAGAGGGCGCCAAACAAGAGCGCAUCCCCGACGACAGCCAGGCGGAUUUCUCCACCUUCGGUCCCCACUGGUCUUUGACCGUGCACGAUAACGACACGGGUGUUGUGUCGGCAGUGAAGAGGAGUUUCGACGGGCGGUUUGUCUUUACAGCUGGGCGGGAUGGCAAUCUUUUUGCUUUUGAGCUGUUGAGCCAAGAGAAGAUUGAUGAGGCUAAAGCUCUGGCUAAGGCUAAGCUACCAUCGGCUAGGAAAGGAGACGAGGAUCGCAAAGUAUCGGACAUCGACAACAAGGAUCACUACAGCAUUGAGCUGGAGAAACAGAAAUCUGAGUAUGACAAGAUGAUGCGGAAGGCUGAUGAGAAGAAGAUGGAGGUCAGACGGACCAUCGCUAAGUUCAGACGUCAGUUCAAGAAACUCCUGGAGCAGAAUCAAGACCUGCCUGACCAUCUACAGUUAGAGCGCAAGGAAUUUGAGAUGGAUCCAGGGAUCCGGAAGGAACUGGAGAAGCAGACAAAUGAUAAGAUUGAACUUGUAAGGAGGGAGUUAGCUUGGGAGGCUGAGAAACAUCGUAUCAGCUUAGAGAAACUCAAAAACAGGUUCAAGGAUGAGAUUGAGUGUGAGCGUAUUGUGGUCAUCUCCAUCCAAACCAAGCAUGAGAUCUCAACCUACAGAACCACCAAGCUCCCUCUAGAGUUCCAUCAGAUGAAAGCAGAGCUGACCCGCCGCGCCACAAUGCUGUCCGAUAAAAGCUUCCAGCGGGACCAUACGAGGGACACACUGAGCGAGAAGUCGGGACUCGGGGAUAGCAUGACCGCUGUGACAUUGAUGGCUGGAACACGCGACAUGAAGAAGUCUACAGUGCUUACCGGGCGUCACGGGGAGAAGGUCGCGAAGGCGUUGCAGAAGGCGGAGAAAGCAAGACAGAAGAGAUUGGCCAGAGAGAAACAGUGGGAGGAACUAAAUGUCAGCAAGCCUCCUGAGGACUAUGAGGAUCCCGCAGACGUCUCUGCGAUCAAAGACGCUCAGGAUCACAUGGGAGACUUCAAAUUGAAGACGGCCAAGGAUUACAGCGUACCCGAACAUCUUAGGAUGAACGCACUCAAGAAGCGUAACCAGCUCGUCACGCUGGAAGAAAUGAUCCACAAGCACAAGUCAGAGUUCAAUCACCGUCUCGUUACCCUGCGCAACAAGAAGAUUGAUCUCAUUAAGGAGAUACAGAAAUGCCUGAUGGAGCUAAAGGACAUGCACAAAGUACUGAGCGACGACCAGAAGAAGCCUCUGCCGGAGUGUCCUCAGCUGUAUCCGUGUGAAACUCCAGAAAAGAAACUUGAGUACACACGGGAGACCCUGAUGAAGUUCAAGGAGCUGAUGGUCCAGAAAGCCAUCCAGGAGAAGACUGGAGGAGACGGAGGAGGAAUGUUUGGUGGAUUCGGAGGCAGUGGUGGAGACAACGCUCCUACUGAUCAGAAAGAGAAACCGAACGGCACUCCUCUCUCUUACCGUCACUCCUCGCUGAUGUCAGCCAAGUCUCGUGCAGCCUCCAAUGCGGACGCCGUCCCUGCUCUGUCCCCGCUAGAGCAACAGCUCCUCGCCAUGGAAGAGAUUCGAAUGGUUCAUCGUCAGGACGAGCUGAUGACUCAUAUCCAAGACCUCAUCGUGAGUUUCGACGCGGAGUUGCGGAUGCUGCGACACGAGAAGUUCAGCUUUGACACUGACCUAAAGAAUGCAGAUUUGAGACGAGUGACACUGUUUGAAGAGCUGCAGCUUCUUAAAGAGUUUGAGAAGAGGGAGAAUGUCUUGGCAGCGAAGGUGGAAGGCAAAGUCAAGGAGAAAUCAGACAGUCAACUGAAGGUUGCAGAGUGUCAAACGAAGCUGGAUGGCAAACGUAAGGACAUCGAACGACUGAACGAGAAAGAGAAGGCGCUGUAUGCAAACUUCCAAGCAUCCCUAGGGGAAAACAACAAGUUUGCAGAGUUCCUGACCAAGGUCUUCAAGAAGAAGAUCAAACGAGCGAAGAAAAAGGCUCAGACUGAAGAAGGCUCGGAUGAGGAAAGCGAAGAGUCGUCCGAUGAUGAAUCUGAUUGGUCGAGUGAUGAGGAAGACAGCGAGGAGGAGAGUCUGGAUGACACCGUCUGCCCUCCAGGAUGUGAUCAGGCCCUGUUUGACAACACCUGCGCUCUCCGUGAGAAACGCUUGGACUUUGAGGAGUUACUCGCAGAAGAGAAGAAGAUUGCUGAGGGUUUGAAGAAGGAGGUUGAUGCACUGACCAAGAAGCAGAAGAUUAUCGACAAUGGCUUGAAGACGGCUGAGGCGGAUCUUGAGGCUUUUCAGCUUGAGAAGCAGCAGAAGUUGAACGAGCUUGACGUUGUCGUGACUCUCCGUUUACAUCAAGUGGAGUACAUGGUCAACGGAGCAGUACCCCAAGACAUAUCACAGUGUCUUGUCUUCAACAACGCCAGCAUGGCGAAACUACAACGACGCAUUCAAGAACUGAAGGAGGAGAAGACUGCGCAAAGACGCCACUACAAAGAACAUCGUCAGCAGCACGUCCAGCUUAUCAAAGAUCGUAAACUGAUGGAGGCGCGCAUCACUGAGCUUCAAGAGAAAUGCGAUGAGAUGAUGCGGCUGAAGUUUGGCCGCAUCAUCGAUCUGGAGAAGCUGGAGACAAUCGGAGUGAAUCGCACCGUGGAGGAACUCAAAGAGAAGCUCAAACUAAAUGAGUUUACCAACGCUGAUGAGCUGCAGAAAUGGGAGAGCAAGAUUGAUGCGAAGAAAGCCCGCAUUACCGAGCUGAUCGAAGACAACACCAUGAGACUUCAGCAGCUGACGAUGCUCGUUGGUGACAAUAAGAAUCUAGAGAAGACGCUGGAUGCAAGACAGACCAAUCUGGGUGGCGAGUUCACGGGAAGUCGGAAAGCGGACUUGGAGGAGAGAGGUCGCUUGAUCCAGCUUGUCCAGCUUCAAGCACAGGAGAUUGAAGCUCUGAAAGAGGAGAUUAGCCUUCUCUCAAGGAAGGGUGGUCACAUUCUACCCCCUACCCAGCCACCAAUUCAGCAGUCUUCAACACACAACAUGCACCCUGACCAUCAGUAAUGGUGGUAAAGAUAGUCUUCGUUCCAGCCUGAAUGGAAACAAAUUACUUCCGGAGCAUCCACUAAUAGCAGUCUGGUUAGCAGUAGAGCUAGUCUUCAUUACAGACUUCAACACAAUACAUGCAUCCUGACCAUCAGUAAUGGUGGUAGAGUUAGUCUUCGUUCCAGACUGAAUGGAAACAUUUCACGUCCAUCCCAGCCAACGAUACAGCAGUCUUCAACACACAAAAUGCAUUCGACCAUCAAUAAUGGUGGUAGAGCUAGUCUUCCUUCCAGACUGGAUGGGAAAAAUAUACUUCCAACCCAAGUUUUGGAUUGCAGUCUGGUCAUGCUGGUGAACCAUAGAGCUAGUCUUCAUUCAAGACUGGCUGGAAACAUUUCACUUCCGACCAAGUCACCGAUUACAGUCUUCAGGAUAAGAGGCCUGGGUCAUAAAUCCAAAUCCAUGGCUGUGUUUCACAAACGCAAGAAAGAUUAGUUGAAAUAGAGCAAUGUUCAACUUUUACUUUCACGUACAAUUGGACAGAGUAAAGUUUCUUUAUUUUUAUGGAACACAGAUCUAAACUAAAAAAAUUAUUUUCUUGAAACAAAAUUGUUAACGUAAUUCCGUCCUCAAUAUUUAAUCAUUUGAAGAUGCAUAGUGCUUUGUAAAAACCAGCAAUGUUUAAAUUUUACUUUCAAGUAAAAUUGGGCGCAUCAAAAAUUUCUGUUAUUUUUUACAGAACAUAGAUAUCUUAAAAGUAACAUGUGAUAAAACAAAACUGCAAAUGCAAAAAAAUAUUUCCGUCCUCAACUUUUAAACCUUCAAAUAACGUGAGUAUUGUCAUAAAAUAAGUAGAGUUUUACAAUAGAAAUACUAUAAUAGAUGUUAAAUAUUAUACAUAUUAUUUGUUCCUUUGUUCCCUGUACUUCGUGGUAUUUCAGAUUCUUAAAAUAUUUUAAGUACAUGAAAGCUCCGUCCAAAAUUGUAAACUAAGUAUUAAAGCUUCAUUUGAAAACUUUUAAAGAAGACUUUGUGAACCCGUUUACAAUACUUGUACUUCUUGACUUUUCUAACUUGUAAAUUUUGCUCUGUGAAAAAAAUUCCUUCCAUUAUUCAAUUUCAUGGCUCAGCUCUCCCCUGAAUUCUGCGCAUACGAUCACCAAUCUAUGCUUACUGUGCAAGCGCUGAGCAACAUGAAGUGCGCACGCAAGUGCAGAACUCCCUGCUUCCUUGAGCGCCGAAUCUUUGCUUACAGUAAGCGAAGCCAUGAAAUUAAGCAAAGAUCUAUUGUACAAGUACGUGCCUUACUACUAUUUGUAUAAAUUAAAAAUGUUGCCUCAAAGAAAUUCCAUCCACCAUCUAUUGUAUACUAAAUUAACAUCCGUCCAACUGUUUCUUAAAUUAACCAAUGAAUGUUCACGUGCCUUUAUAAGCAUAUUCUUUUUUUUAUCAAAUGAAUAUAGUUUAAUUUUGAAUUUAUUUGGAUCUUCCAAGUGGUUUGGGUUAAUAGUUGAUUUGAAGAUGAUACUUUUCCUGUAUUUUCAAAGUUGGUGUGAAACUGAAUAAAUACUUUGUUUUUACUCUGAGAACAAGUGUCUAGAAAGCUUGUUUUUAGGUGUUGUUUUAUAAAUACUAAGUUUAUUUAUUUAUUUUUUUUUUUUUCAAACCAAAAUGUUAAAAUAUCUGCCAGGUUGUAUCGUAAACUUUGGUGUGAUCCCUACACGACAGCUAACAGUAACAUGGCUUCUGACUGGCACCCCUGAACAAACAUAUUCACUAAUAGGGAGUCCGCCAACAUAGGGCAGGAUAGCUGGAUUUAGGUCCCGCUCUAGUUGAUUAUUCUUUGUUCAAAACUAUUUAACUGGUAAAAAAGAAACAAAAUUUAACACAUUGCUUCUUCAUGAAUGAAAGACUCAGUUGAAACUAAAGGAAAAAGCAUGUCUCGCAAAACCGACUGCUGUUUUUUGGAAAAUUUAAUUAUUAUCAACCUGAACUGUCUUAAAGGCAGUGGACACUAUUGGUUAUUACUCAAAAUAAU